AUGCCUAAAAGAAAAGUAGAAAAAUCCGAAGCAAGGAAGGUUUUUGAAAUUUUCGAUUAUAACGGCAACGGUAUCUUGUCUCUCGCCGAAAUCGAUAAAGCUUGCAUUGAGCUUUAUCCGGAACUCGCAAAAGAUAAACCUGCCAUCAUGCGAGCUUAUAAAGCUGCUGACACUUCAAAUGAUGGUUUCAUCGAUUUUAAAGAAUUCGGCCGCCUUAUAGACCUUCUUUUUUACUAUGACGAGUUGUACAAGUUAUUUAGUCAACUUGAUGUAAACCAUGACAGACGCAUCAGUUUUGAUGAAUUCAAGAAGGGACAUCAGCUCAUGGGGAUCCAUGCGCGUACAAAAAAGGAGCUCAAGGAAGCAUUCGAUGCAAUUGAUACAAACCUUGGAGGGUAUAUUCUCUUUGAUGAGUUCUGCAUUUACGCUGCCAAGCAAAAAUUGAUCGCAUCACCGGAUGAUUAA